AUGCUCCUCGACCGUGGGGACAAGCGAGGAGAGUCACACAACGUCGACAACGGGGGUAAGGAAGGAGACACGGGCUCGGCUGACGAAUCGAAACCCGCCUCCGUGAGGAGUGUGUCCAUGACGGACAAGGACAAACCCGACGUUGUCGAUUUGGCGGACUUGAUCAUGUCCGGCACAAGCUACGAAGAAGCGGUGAAGGGGACGGAGUUCGAUGCCUUAGACAAAGAAACGUCGAAAGAGUUCGAGGAGUCGACUCGUCGAUUGACGGCUCUGCGAGAGAACAGACUCGAGGAAUACCUGGAGGAGACAGGCGAGACGGAUCUACUGGACAAAGUUCGCGCAAUUUAUGGCGAGCCUGAGACCUCUGAACAAACUGACGGUCCUGCCCCUCCCAAGAAGAAGAAGACAGUGGAAAUGGCGCAGGGACAGUGGGCCGAGAUUUUGGUCCACACUGACCGAGUGACCAAGACCGUCAAAGGCGGCAUGGAGAUCCAGUACAGGGCCCUGGUGACCGUGGGCAACCUCCACGGUGUCGGGGGAUUCGCGAUUGGCAAGGCAGACACCCCUGCCGUGGCCAUCACCGAAGCCAGCCGAAAAGCGAAGUUGCUGCACAACCUCGUGUACGUGGAACGGUAUAAGCAGGCGUCUCUGUGCCAGGACCUCGUGGGGAAGCACAACGGAAGCAAGGUGUACAUCUGGUCGAGAGCGGGCAAGCUGUCGCGGGACAUCUUGUACAACAUGGGCAUCACGGAUGGCGCGUGCAAGAUCAUCGGAAGGCGCAACAAAUACUCCAUGAUCUACGCCAUGUUCGACGCCCUCGCCAAGCACCGUGGAAUCGAGAGCAUAGCGAGGGGGCGGGGCAAGCGCAUCUUGUCUCUCCAGCGAGAAAUGGCAGGGCGGUUUGCCUGAGUAGACGUGACCAUAACGUGCCCUUGGCGAAUCGUAUCUGUUUUGUUCCGAUGUGUUGAGUCAGCAGAGACCGGCUUGUGAAGGUUGAUUUGCUAUGUAGGGGCGUAAAGUACUGCGAGUGUUGGAGGCGUCAUCAACGACAAGAGCAACGUUCGAAAGUCGCUGAAGUGGAAGCAUGAUGCACACCGUCAACUUCUGGUGCAUUUGUUUUCGUCAUGUCAGCGUGAGCAGAGUGAGCGAAGCAGCAAUCAACAGGACUCAUUUUUGCGAGCCUUGGGUAGUGCCUUCGGACGGUUACAUUUGAUUGCGUUCGUGUGUCCUUGCCCGCCCUGACCGAGCGUGGUUGGAACCACCGAAAAACGCUGCCCGUCACUAGAAAGCAGACAAACGACUAAUGUUACUCCGUAUGACGCAUGGAGCACUGGUCACCUUCCCUUCCAGUCGCAACAAGGCAGAUGGAGCAGCGGCGGCCAACAAUGCUGACGUUUUCAACCACC